UAAAUUGGGAGUCAGGCUGACCUCCAUUAGUUACACCAAAACCAGUAUCUCUCCUUGAAGCUUCUAACUCUCGUUUCUCUCUAGACUUGAAUUUUUACUUACCAUUACUCAAUGGCGUUCAUUCUUCAAGCUCACUCUGCCUCCUCAAAGUCUCAGACUGCUGAUCUUCACGUCCGUCAUGAAGAAAAACUGAAGGAGUUGAAGGAAACACUCGCAAAUUCCGGAAAAGAUCAACUGCAGCAAUUGGUUAUGGUUGAUGCCAUGCAACGCCUCGGCGUCGCUUAUUACUUCCAAGAAGAAAUUGAUGCAAUUUUAGAGAAGCAAUACACCAGGUCAUCAGCUUAUAAUGAUAAUGACGAUGGAAAUCAUCAACUUCUUGAGGCUUCCCUACGUUUUCGACUAUUGAGACAACAAGGCUUCCCUGUAACUCCAGAUGCAGAGGCAUGUAACAAGAUCAAGAACAAUGAGAAACUCAAAUCCGGACUAAUAGCUGGUGAUGAAGACAUAAAAGGAUUAGUGGAAUUAUGUGAAGCAUCUCACUUGAGUUUCCAAGGAGAAGAAACGCUUGACGAAGCAGGAAAGCUCAGCCGCCAGCUUCUCACUGCCUGGGUCCCCAACAAUCUCAAAGAUCAUCGCGCAACACUGCUUGUUGCGCACACACUGGAGCAUCCUUAUCACAAGAGCUUGACAAGAUUCAUGGCCAAGAACUUUUUCAAUAAUUUUCAAGGCCAAGAGAAAUGGGUUUGUUCUUUACGAGAGCUAGCAAACCUAGAGUUCAACAUGGUUGAAUCCAUAAUCCGAAAUGAAAUCCUACAAGUAUCUCGAUGGUGGAAAGAACUAGGUUUGACCAAAGAGUUGAAGUUUGUGAGAGACCAGCCAAUUAAAUGGUACACAUGGCCGAUGGCGAGCCUCGUUGAUCCACGAUUAUCAGAUGAAAGAAUUGAACUCACAAAAGCAAUCUCUCUUGUUUACAUUAUAGAUGACAUUUUUGACGUUCAUGGAACUCUGGAUGAACUCAUUCACUUCACAGCAGCAGUUGCGAGAUGGGAUACUGAUACAAAUGAUGAGCUACCGAAUUACAUGAAAACAUGUUUCAAGGCUCUUAAUGAGAUUACCAAUGAUAUCAGCGAGAGUGUCUACGAAAAGCACGGAUGGAACCCUAUUGAAACCCUAAGAGAAUCGUGGGCAAGAUUGUGCAAGGCAUUCUUAGUAGAAGCAGAAUGGUUUAGACAUGGGCAGUUGCCAAACUCCGAGGACUACUUGAAGAAUGGGAUUAUCAGUUCAGGGGUGCCUGCAGUUUUAACCCACGCCUUCUUUAUUCUUGGUCAAGAUAUGACCAAGGAAACCAUAGAUCUUUUCAACAACAUCAACUUACCUAGUAUCGUGUCUUCAACGGCCACGAUACUUCGGCUAUGGGAUGACUUUGGAAGCGCCAUGGACGAGGAGCAAAAUGGGUAUGAUGGAUCAUACAUGCAGUGCUAUAUGGAAGAACAUCCAGGCUCUUUGGUCGAAGAAGCGCAAGCAUAUGUAAUCCGAAAGAUUUCGGAUGAAUGGAAGUACCUCAACCAAGAAUGCUUCUCUUGCAAUCCAUUUUCAGAGUCCUUUACACAACUCGCUCUCAAUGUUUCUAGAAUGGUUCCCAUGAUGUACGAUUACAAUGCCCAUCAUCGUCUUCCAAGCCUUGAGGAGAAUAUGAAGUCGUUGCUUUUGGAUAGUUUUCUUUCCAAAGGCAUCACUCAUGGCUAGCUACGCGCGGGAAACCCAUGCAGUAGAUCAAUUUAUGAAUUAAGGCCGGCCAUAAACAAAAGCUUUCUAGAUUUAUGUAAAAAGGCCAUGAUUGAAUGUCUUGAGAACUAUAAAAACAAAAUGUUUUAAGAAAUGAAGGAAUGAGUAAUAAAUAAAGUCUCGUUUGGUAAGA